AUGAAAUGGAUUGGAUUCCGGUAUGAUAUAAAGACAGUCCCAAAAAGUAUGGACGCACUUUGAUUUCGCUGUAAAUAAUUCACAAGUGUUAGAUAUUCAAAUUUUAUUCGAUAUACUGAUAAUAUUAGACUACAACAACAGAAUAUUAUUCUCAACAUUUGCUACUUAGCCAUUGUAGAGUAACUGGUGCACCUUCUUGCGAACGUUCCUCAUUAAUUUCCGUACAGACUUCUUGGCGGCAGUUUUUUUGACUUUUUGCUGGCUAUUCUUUUUAAUUUCGGCCUUUAGCUCAGCAAAAAUCGAUUCUGUUCUCUCUGCGAUAGAUGCAAAUGCGCUUCCAAACAAAGAAACCGAGUCGCGGAAACGAGCAAGUUUUAUCAGUUUACAAAACUCGUCACAUAUCCAAAACAGGUUGAGAUUUUCGUCCAAAACCUUUAGAAACGGUUUGUUGAGUUUUGCGCAUUUCAUAUGUACCAAAUGAUGGCAAAAACCCGAACACUCAACGAAAUCUUCCUCCGAUUUUACAGUUUUGGCACACAAGCAUUAGCCAUAGUGAACAAAUCACAGGAUGCCGACAGUGAAAUUCAGAUGGCGCUUCGGUCGGAUGAGAAAGAGUGUGGAACUGAGUAUCUUGAUAAAACGAUAGGCGCCACUUCGCGAUACGAUAGCAAAAAAAUCGGCAACGAAACUGACCGAAAAACACCACAAAUUAUCUUUACUCCACCACGACACAAAAAACUGUCCAAGUCAAGUAACGCAGGGAAUAAAAACAAAUAAAAACCACUAUAAAUUAAUUAAAAGUGCUCAGUGCGUCGAUCACACAAACAAUGGCGGUACGUUGUUUACAAACGAUGUAUUUCAAUAAUAAAAAAAAUUAGAAACCACAUAAACUUUGAACAAAAUUUUUCCUCCCCCCACGAAGACUUUCAUAAAAGUUCGGUCUUUUACAGGCGCGUAUACAGGGGGGUGUUUUAGGGGUUCAAACCCCCUCCGAAACUCAAAAAAGUAUGAUAUUAUGUAAACUCUUUUUUUCAAAUAAGUAAAAAAUAAAAUGAAUAAUUUUCAACAAACGACUCCACAAUAAAAAAAAUUCAAAUAAUUAUAUAAAAAGUUCCAUUUGUAUGGAAAUUGAUCAACAUGUUCUGAAACACCCCCCGAAAUUUUUUUCUGGGUACGCGCCUGGUCUUUUAUCAAGCGAAAACGAUAUAAAAUUCACAUCUUCAGACACUUCCUAUGCUUUUCUCGCUUAGCUAAAAUCUACGGAAUGGGCAUUUUGGCAAUCUGCCAUCGCUGUAUGCGACGGUAAUUUCUACGAUGACAAUGUAAGAGUUGUUUGACAGAACUGCUGUUAGUAUCGUUUAACAUGGCCCACUUGGAUCCAACUUGAAUGAACACGAAAGAAUUACGCAUUUCUAGGCAACAACCAAAACGACCCAUUCAGAAGAAGACUGAGCCUGCUUUGCUAAGUCAUGGUCGAUCCACAAUCUAGCAUCCAACUAAGCAUACCCCAAUCGAUUUCGAGUUUUCUUUUAUUUGUUCUAUUCGCCGGGUCACUGAUAACCACAAACCCGCACCCUCAAACCUGCGUUUAAUGUCAUCACAUUCAGCAAUCAGCAUUGAAACCGUAUCUUCCAGUACAGAUACAGACGGGCUUCCAAGUCUAGUAUAGUAUAUAAAGUAUGUUUCGCUACGGUCGCAUUCAGUUUUUGGACAAACAGCCCGAGUUCCGUUUUUUUGCUAGCCGAUUGCGAAGACAUUAUUUCGCUGAAUUUGAUUGGAAAACGUUUCGGUUUGAAAAAAAAAAUAAACGAACUACUAAUGGCACCGGAGGAAAUUGCUGAUCAGCUUCCCGUGGUCUCCAGCCAACGGUUGCUACUGGAAUUGAUACGAGCAGAGUUGAAUACGGACGAUCACACGCUAGAAAUCACGGUCGGUUCCAAGAAAGGAGACAACUACAAUUGUUUGAUCUAUCGGGCCCAGGCCACUUGCAGGCGAUCGGGUAAGCAAGUCAGCAUUAUAGCAAAACUUCCACCCCAAAAUGAAGCACGACGGAAGCAAUUUUUCGUACGUCACUGUUACGAACGGGAGAUCAGUGUUUACGAAGAGAUUUUUCCCAUGAUGAGGGAAUUUUAUCGUUCGAAAGGAUUGAACCGGGAAGAUUCGUUCCAUCAGGUUCCGCAUUGUCUCAGGAGUAGUUUCGUUGACCAUGAGGAAGCUAUUUUCAUGCGGGAUUUAAAAGCUGAAGGUUUUCGAAUGGUCGAUCGUCACCGGGAUAUGAGUUUGGAACAUUAUCAGCUGAUGUUGAAGGCUUUGGCUCAUCUGCAUGCGACUUCUUUUGCUCUGAAGGAUCAACAAUCGGAGAAGUUUGAGCGAUUCAGAAGUAUGAAGGAAAUUUUAGCUCUCCCGGAGGCUCAUGCACUGAUGGGACCGUGGUACACUCAAAUGGCCGCCAGAACCAUGGAACUUUUGGAUGAACAGAAGGAACCUGAAGUUUAUCAGAAAACCAAAAAGGUGUUGACUCUUUCGUGGCCGGAGUUGGCCCGAGAUUUACUCAACGGUCAGAAUGCCGAGCCGUACGCGGUUCUUUCACACGGCGACUGUUGGCAUAAUAAUCUACUUUACAAAUAUGAGGAUGAUAACGCAGUUGACAUCCGCCUGUUGGACUGGCAAUGCUGUCGAUAUGUCUCACCGGUUGUGGAUCUAAUGUACUUUAUAUUCCUCGCUUCCAGUAAAGCCUUCCGGGACCAAUAUUACGAUCAAUUGUUGGACUUCUACCAUCGCACCCUGUCGGAUUUUAUACGACGGCUUGGAUCCGAUCCCGAACGUCUAUUUCCUCGGAAGGCAUUCGACCAGCAGCUGCUCCGUUUCGGUCGUAUUGGCCUAAUUAUGACUACCAUAGGGCUCCCAAUCAUAACCGUCAAGAACGAAGAUGUGCCCGAUUUGGAACAAUUUGCUGAACAAGUUGGAACCGGAUUCGAUGUAAGCAAAAGUUUCGGAUCUGUUGACAUGGAGGUAAUCUACCGACAAAACAUGACGGACUGCUGUCGGGACAUGUUACGAUUGGGAUACAUUUAAAC